GGCUGUCAUAUUGUUGUUCAAGCUCUACCUCAACAGAGUCUUCCUUAUCCCUGGUUUCGAUGUGUCGAGCUUUUAAUCCUUCCCUCCAGUCAUUCUUUUUAUACUCAUCAGCAAUCUCUCCGAAAUGAGUAGCAUCACCUGGUUUUCCUAUUUCGUCGGCGUCUGGGCUUCUAUUUAUUUAACUGAUGCUGCUUUACGGUCCCAUCCGUACACUCGACAGUGGUACCAUGAGUUCACAGCACGACUGGGCAUAUCGUUUGAUGUGUUCCAAGCUCGUGUCUUCACCCAGCGCCUGAAUCGGUUGUUCCAAUCCAUCUGCCGAUUUGACUAUGUCCCAUGGAGAAUAUGGUUCUCAUGCGGGGUUUUCUUCUCUCUCAUCUUCAUGGCGCUCAGUAUUGGACUUCUGACCCUGCUUAUUUACAACACCGUUACUCAGAAGACCAUCAAGGGCGUUUCUCUGACCCCGGUGGUUCCUGGUGUCAAUCUACCGAUGAACCAUGUUGGCUUCUAUCUUCUCACCCUUCUACUGUGCGCAUUUCUUCACGAGGCUGGGCAUGCUUUGGCCGCUUUGCGUGAACGCGUCCGAUUGCACGGUGUAGGCGUAUUUCUCUUCGGUUUCUAUCCGGGUGCCUAUGUGGAUCUGAACACCGCGGACCUACAAAGUUUACAGCCAUUCAGCCAGCUGCGGGUGUACUGCGCUGGUGUAUGGCACAACGCGGUGAUCGCAUUGCUCAGUGUCGCAGUGUUUUACGCCACGCCGUUUCUGCUCUCACCCGGCUACCAUACCGGUGCCGGGGUCGGAGUCGCGUUCCUACGUGAAAACUCUGUGGUCACCGGUAACCAUGGUCUCUACCUCGGCGACUCCAUCACCCGUGUCAACUCUUGUCCAGUGAAAAAUCAAUCUGAUUGGUAUCGUUGCUUGGAGGAGACGCACACCCGCCCCUCGGGCUAUUGCGUAUCCGGUGUCUAUCUGAACAGUGUCGAUGCUUCACUCAGUGGAUCGCCUAAAGGAGCUGGGGCACAGCGGCGCACUCUGGCCGCCGUGAGGCCCAGCGGGUUGGACUCCGGCGGAUCAGACUUCGAUGCUGCGUUCCACUCGAACUCAGUUUUGACGAACACGAUGCAAAAGGAUUGCUGCUCUCAUCACUCUACCUCGACUCAUUUGUGCUUCUCAUAUCCUGCUCCGACCAAACAUGGUCAGAGGUCUAUCAAGUAUGCCUGCCUCCCGGCCCGGCCGGUCACCGAACGCUCUACUUGCCACACCGCCUCCGAUUGCGGAUUACCCGGUCUCGUCCGGGCGGCAGCGGUUGGCGCUCCUGGCUCAGCCGGUAAUAACCCGGUGGACUCCGCCCUUGUCGCCACAUCGCGAUCCAUGUGGUGUGUGUUCCCAAGCCCUCCGGAUAACAGAACCCGCUUGGUUCGUCUGGAGCACAGUCGAAAAGAAGCUCCAGCCAUCCUCUUCCUCGGCCCCUUGGACGAUCUAAUUGCCUCCGUGGGUGUGUCGGAUUACAUACCUCGUUGGCCUAAUUUGCUCUCUGCUCGUCUUCCCGCUCUAUGGACGAUGUUUUGCACCUAUCUCUUCUCCAUUUCCGGUGCUUUGGUCAUUUUAAAUGUGGUCCCAUGCUACGCUUUGGAUGGUCAGUGGAUCCUCCAUGCCCUCAUCGAUUUGUGCCUAUCAGGUUUGCUUCCCUGCCGACGCAAACGUCUUGCUGUGUUUCAUGUUGUCCUCUAUGCUGGCACGCUCCUCUUGUCCGUCAACGUGGCUCUCGCCUUGUGGUGCUUCGGUCUCAACGCCAACCUGGUUUCUGUGCAGUCAUCUCAGACACCAUCGUCGCCGCUACCGCAAGGUGGCACUCCUAUUGUUCAUUAACCUUGUGAUUUGCUUGCACGAUUUGGUUUGCUCGUGUGUUGCACCUGUUUUCUCCACCCGUCCCUCCCACUGUGAUACACACGCAUCUUUCUUUCUUUCUUCAUUACACACUGGCACGGUUUGCAGGCGCAUCGAAUGUCUGCACACCUUUCAUGCGCAUGCUUUCUGUUUCGCUGCUGUCCAUCUAUCUUCUCCUUUUUUGUAUUUUCCUAUACGAGAGAAAAAGUGAUUAGUGAUUAUGUCUCGGUGCGAAUCUGUGAGUUUUGAUCAACAAUGCAUGUUAUGGAACUGAUCUUUUCACGUUCAUCAUCGCUCCAGUGUGUGAUCAGCCACCAUUCUACCCGUUAUCCCAUUGUCGAUCGUGAUCCGCUCGCGCUGAAUGCACCGUUUUACGGAUCGCAUAUCCCACUGUUUUUAAAGUAAUCAAUACUGCAUUCUUCC